UAUCCCAUAGGCAUCAUCAGAAGCUAUUCAGUAGCGGGCGUAAGCGUACAGAAGCUUUUUAAACACCAAGAAAUAUCGGCAGUACCAAUCCUGUUUGAACAUGGUGUGGACAGACAAAUAAGCGAUGAAAUAUAUUAUCAAGAAUAAUUAGCGUGUUUUGCUAUAGCUGAUAAAGAUUGACCUCGCCCUUCAAAGCGAAAGUGGUAAGUGAGUAGGAGAGACCGAACGAAGAUGUCAAUGAUACGCUCGUUACGCGGGCAACGGGCUCAGCUAAACACCAACGUUGGGUUGGCCGUUACCAAUGAAAACACACAAGCAAUACUAGAAAUUGCAUACAGAGAGCUACCACUCUCCGGGGUUCCUGUUCCAGGAAAAUGUUUCGGAAGUUCGUGCAACUACCCAGAAAGCGUUAAAAGAAUGACUGCAGCUAGAGUUUCGAAUAAUUGAUGGAUCGUGGUAUUUUGCAUUAAUGAAAAAUACCCGUUGGCUUGAAUCUCUAGCCUUAAACGACCAGUUAUUGUAACCGCUUUCUCUCCGAUGUGCUGCCGGGACGGAAUUCGCGAUAAUAAGUAGUUCUAGUUGAGUUCAGUACAACAUUCUUAAAUCAACGAACCAAUAUUCGAUUACGCAGCUUAUCUGUGUGCAUCAGUACUAUUAUCUGUUCGGUACAAAGGUCGUAUGAUUAUAACAACAGAAUUAAAUCUUAAAGAUUGCCGAGUAAACUUGUUUUUGUGAUUUCUAAUAGCGAUAAUAAGGUAGUGCCGUGAUGUUGAUGCUAUUCGGAGUGGAUGCGAUUGUAUAGGAACGGAUGCAAGCAUUGAAUUUGAAAUUCUCCGCUUAGAAGUUUGCCGAUACAGCAGGCCGGUGCCCGAGCACCUAGCGCCCUCGGUGUGUAGUCCCAACAUCGCUUGUGAUUUAGGUGGCGGUCAUCAUUAUCAAUGUGUAGGAGAUCCGCAUUUUUUGUCGAUCUGUUCUUCACAUCGGCCCCAGCAAUAGUAGUCCAAGUCACGAUCCACAAUUGCCCCUCGGUCACUGCUGUUUUGUGAGGCUACUGCCCAUAGCGCCAGUGAGACACCGGGGCAUAACCGCCACCGACAGGCACCUACCACUACUGAACCGGACCGCCGUAAGGACCACAGCCGCAAGAAAGGCCUGCAACAGGACAAGUACCACCGGUCACAGUCACAGCGGCAGCAACAGUAGACGCGGAUCGACAGACAGAAUGACAGGCGCCGUGCACCAAAUUCCAGACUCUGUUAAAAUGCUUAUUUCGAUGGUAGAACAUUUACGCAAGUUAUAAAGAGUUACCUGGAAGAAGUUGCCCCUGUUGUGUCCGGUCGCCACUAUGCUGUCGAAGCGAAAAGAGAAGAAGAUCGGUGAUGGCAUACAAGGUAAGUAUGUGAAGAAGGAGACUCCACCAAACCUCACUGUAGUAAACACAUGGUCAGCUGGUGUCAAAAGUGGAGGUUCGAGUGGAAGCGGCGCUGGCAAGAAAAGCUCUGGAAGGGGUGGAGGUGGCCUUACCGUGGGAUGUUCAGGGGGUGUAAGGGAGUGUGCCUCGCUUCUAUCACUUGAUGAGGCACGCAACGGUUCAAAUCAAGUUGCGGCAACUUCCCUUGCUGAAAAAUGCGCACGGGCAAAGGCGCAGGCUCAGGCUUCAGGAAGUGGAAGUGGUGGAGGAGGUUGUAGCCCCCUACCACCAGCUGGAGCUCUCUCCCGAGGGCCAGUCCGCAGUUGGCCCCAUCUACAGUUUGCCGACCCUCUUGCCAAGCUGCCACAACAAACGAUUCUUUUGAUGCCAUCGCAGGGAAGCUGUGUCGAUUAUGCCAAUUUUGAACAGCUCCGGCGCGAGCAGCUCGCUGUAUCAGGAGCUUCGCCUAAAAUGCCACAGGUGGAAACGAUCUACCUAAAUCACUUGAGUUCACCUAAUUCAGUCGUUCAGCAGACCAGCUCGGCCCCGAAUGCUACCUCCGCGAAUACACCAGCGACCGUCGGCGCCUCUGCUUCCUCUAUGGCUUCUUCAAUUGUGUCAUCGUCGUCAUUGACAAACAGCGCAAGCUCUAUUACUUCUAACCUCAGUUCAGCCCCAAGCUCAAUAAAUCAUCUAAGCUCGUCGCAGCAGCUGGAUCCAGUCACCCAGGAACCAAUCUAUCAGAAUGAUCCGAAGUUCCAUCAGUUCCAUGGAUUGGGAGGAUCUCGAGUUACCUUGAUGCCUCCACAUGAUCAUCUCGGAUCUAAUGCUAGCAUCUACUCUCGUCCUGAAGAUGAAGACAUGUGUGGUGUGUAUGGAUCGAGUCUUCAGCCGGGUGUGACAACUCUGUUGCACCAUCGACCGUCAGUUGGUUCAACGACUGCUGGACAAUCGACAGUAUAUAGCGGGCCCAGUUCGCCUUAUUUUGAUGAUAACAAAAAACAGCUCUAUAUUACACAGCAUCACCACAACAGUAGCCAGCAGCAGUUGCAUCAACAGCAGGAGACAGUUACGGCUUAUCCCAACUGCGAAGAACUGCCUUUACCUCCGGGAUGGUCGGUAGACCUUACAAUGCGUGGCAGAAAGUACUAUGUCGAUCACAAUACAAAAACGACGCAUUGGAAUCAUCCAUUAGAAAAAGAGGGACUUCCAACCGGAUGGGAGCGAAUCGAACAUCCUGAAUUUGGCGCGUACUAUGUGAAUCACAUCAGUCGACAGUCGCAGUACGAACACCCAUGUCUAACGCAUUAUGGACCUUUGGCUUUGCCUGCACCUGGAGGCGGUCCUGCUGGAAAGGGCAGCGGUUCUGCCCUACCCUUACCACCAGUUCCUCCGGUUCAUCACGAUUUUCAUCAACACAACGUACUCGUACCACCAAACCCUUACCUCGCUGAGGAAAUACCUCAUUGGCUUCUUGUAUAUUCUAGAGCGCCCGCAAAACAUGAUCAUAAGAUUAAAUGGCUGCUGUUCAAAUUGCCCGAACUUGAGUGCUUUCAAGCAAUUCUUAUACGUCUCUACAAACAAGAGCUUAAAGAGAUCGUAAUGAGAUACGAAGCAAAGCGUUCGUUAAUUAUUCGGGAAAUCACCUGUAGGCGCCAGGAGGCACAGCAGGCAGCACAACACCACCAUCACCACCUACAGCAGCAGCAGCAGCACCACCAUCACCAGCAGCAGUCAAUCCAUCACCUUCAACAACAUCAGCAGCUUCAGCAAGUCGCAGUAGCUGGUCAUUAUCAACAAGAGCAGCAAGCGCAAGCGCUAGUAUCAGCUUCCCACUUUCAGCAUCAACACCAAACCCAACAGCAACUCCACUCACACCCACAACAGCAGGCUCAGGUCAGCCUACAGCGACAGCUGCACCACCAGCAACAACAACAGCAAAUUAUAGUGCACAAAAUCCCCAUACAUAUCCAGCAGCCGCACCCAGCAGUGACGCAGCCGCAGGUGGUUUCAGCCCAAAUACCUCAAUAUACUCAUAAGCCGUUGCAGCAGCAGCAGCAGCAACAUGCGCAGUUAUCUACAACGCAACAACAGCAACAUCUGUCGUCGUCUACUGUGCCACAUCAGCAACCCCAGCAGCAGCAGCAACAACAGCAUCAUCUUCAACUUCAUAAUCAACAGCAUCCACAACAGGCAAACAGCCAUAGUCCUCACCAUUUCACACAGCCAUCACAGCAGCCAACGACACAACAGUCUACAGCAGCCGCAACGACAGUAGGUCAUUAUAGCGGUGAUAGCAGCUUGUCUCAGCAGCAGCAGCAGCAGCAGCAGUUGCUAGAGCCGACGAACACGAAGUUGUAAUUAACUCAGACAGUUUAAUAAAACCACUUGAAAGCCUUCCAAAAGCAAGAAAUCACUACAAGCUGAGCGAGGAAGCCGAAAGGCCAACAAGAUUAUAAUCGGCAAGGAAGAUAGCGGCACAGAUACAAAAAGCAAGAAAUAGAAAGGUAGUAAGUGAGGGUACGUAGCUUUCAGAGCGAUCAUGUAAGGCCUGGCUCCUUCCCUUUGUUGACGAAUGGUUUCUCGAAAUGAUAACAAUGCUGUUGAUAAAAGAUUACCAUGAUUGUGCCAUGUACCUGUCUUGACACGUAGGAUAGAGAAAAUAGAAUGAAUCCAUAUAAUAUAUUCACAUUUUCGGCUCCAAGAUCAAAGAUUGUGUGAAAUGUAUGUUGGUCAAACGUGAAAUAGGUCCUCCGUAAAAUUUCAUGUCAAGUAUAACAAUAUGUAUUUAUGAUGGAACUUGCAUCGCAGCAGCAAAACUGGGACAGAAGUAAGUAAGAAAAUAAAAAGGACUCACAUAUAUUAGUUCUCAAUGUUGUAACAUAGCGCUGUGCCACUACGGCCGAGGGAAAAUACGAAUCAUUUCAGUGUAACAGUGUUGCAAUUACGUUGGUUAUAAAUAACCACCUUACACCUUUUAGGCUGGCAUAUUAGAAAUAGCGUCAAAAGUUACCGUAUGCGUUGUCACCUUAUGCUUGGAAUAACUUUAAGGCUAAUUCGAAGACAACAACUCAAGCAAAAUGUUUAUUCCUAUUACUUCGAGAUUCUGUUGAGCCUUCAACCAUCCAAUCCAGUUAGUUUACGAUGUGAAGCCGCCUGCUGCCUAGAUUUUAAUUUAAAUGCCAGAUCAAAGCGUAAGGAUUCUGGAAAGCAACAUGAGUUGCUGCAGCAAAAUUGUUGGAGAGACUGGCAUCGAGACUAAGAAGCAUCCUCUAACAGCAAAGACUAUGUGCAAUAGAAUAUUUGCUCGCAUUAUUUUUCGGAGUUGUUUGGUGAUCAAAUUUAGAAGAAUAUUCCAGUACUCAUUAAACAAACGUGUGUGCCUUGAUUUUUCUGAAACCGAAGACGCGAAAUAAUAAAAUCGUCCCUUAGUCGUGUCUGAGC